AUGGCUAGUAUCCGACCGCUUAGGGCGCAAGGAAUAGCUAAUUUUUUUGUUAAGAGUUCGAUUCGACCAAGCCAAAGCAGAGUCAAUGCGAAAUUAGUACCGGCGUCGCAGAUACAAGUUCGAUAUAAAUCUGGACCGUAUGGAUACACGCAAGCGAAGGCACUCGUGUUCAGCGAGUAUGGUGAACCGAAAGAUGUUUUAAAAUUACAUACACACUCCAUUUCCCCGAGCCUCCCCUCCUCCUCCGUCCUCCUACGCUCCCUCGCAUCACCAAUCAACCCCGCAGACGUAAAUACCGUCCAGGGUACCUACGGCGCUAAACCCUCCUUCGGCACUCUUCUCGGUACCGCCGAGCCCUCCGUCGUCCCCGGCAACGAAGGCGCUUUCGAAGUCGUCUCCUCGUCAUCCCCCGACCUACAACGCGGCGACUGGGUCAUCCCCAAGAAAACCCAAUUCGGCACCUGGCGCACGCACGCCCUCGCCCCCGCCGACGCCGUCAUAAAAGUCGAAAAAGACGGCCUUAAUCCGCUACAAGUCGCUACCGUCGCUGUAAACCCAUGCUCCGCCUACCGUAUGUUAAGGGACUACGUCAAGGACCCGGGCCCCCUGCGCGAAGGCGACUGGUUCCUCCAGAACGGCGCGAACAGCGGCGUCGGCCGCGCCGCGAUCCAGUUGGGCAAGUUGUGGGGGUAUCGCAGCAUUAACGUCGUGCGCGCGCGCGAGACGCCCGAGGACACGCAGAAGCUGAAGGACGAGCUCGCUGCUCUCGGCGCCACGCACGUCGUCACAGAAGACGAGUUCCAAAGCCGCGAGUUCCGGGAUCAGCUAGCGGAGUGGACACGCGGGGCGCGCGAAGGCGUGCGUCUGGGCCUCAACUGCGUGGGCGGGAAGAGCGCGUCGACAAUCGCGAAGAGUCUGGGCGCGGGGGGCACGAUGGUGACGUACGGGGGCAUGGCGCGGCAGCCGGUGGCGCUGCCGACGGGCCUACUCAUCUUCAAGGACAUCCGGUUCGUGGGGUUCUGGCUGAGCCGGUGGGCGGACGGGGACGCGGGGUCCAAGGCGCGCACGGUGGCGGAGAUCCUGGGGCUGGUGCGCGAGGGCAAGUUUCGCGACACGCCCGUCGUCGAGGUGCCGUGGCACUGGGAGACGGAUGUGCAGACCCUCAAGGAUGCCGUGCAGGGCACGCUGCAGGGGUAUAGGGCUGGGAAGGGGGUUUUUGUGUUCCGUGAUACGUAG